CCGUCUAUCGCUGUAUCCCUGUAGACUUGCAUCACUCGCUACGGGGAAACGUGUCGUGAGUGUGGCGAUCGCAUAAACACUCACUUCCACUGGCUAUCUCACCGGUGGAUUGUUGGAAGGCCAGAAUGGCCACGGCUGAAGGGCCCGCCAGGGCGCAUGAUCGCAAUGGACGUCGCCACCCCUUUUCUAGCUGGAUGAAGCGACUCGCCAGUCUCAAGCAUUCUACCGAUUCAAGUGCCAACCGCUGGUCCAACAAGCGUCAUGCGAUGCCCAAAUACAAAAGCCGGAGUUCGAAGAACAACCCCUACCCGCUGUCGGGCACUGCCCACAUGGUUCCCGACUACAAUAGCGACUUCAACACUUCCGAGGCGAGCGCAGAUUCCGAUCGGAGGUCUUGUUCGCAGAGCGAACCCUCUCUCGCAUACUCCGGGUACGAGCAGCAGGUCCCAGCCACCAGUGCGAAGUCCACCGCGCCAACCAUUUCAACCAACGGCGACACGGCCAUCUCCGAUGCAGCAUAUUCCAAGGCAGGGACGAUGGCUACAGCGGGUGGUGGCAUCAGUUCGCAGGGGGGAGGCGAGGGGAGCACCUUCUCAUCGCCCGCGCCAUCGGUGCGAUCUCUGACCACAACUUUGACCACUGUGCAAUCGGCAGCACCUUCCGGGCAGCUCUACAAUACGCAAAACCAGCAUCAUGGUCUGACCAAUACCGGUUCCUUACACAACCCAGCGACGCAGCAAGUGCAAUUUUCUCAUCAGUUUCCCCCGUCGCCAGCCACGGCCGUGCCGCCCCACCUUGCCCCUCAUGGUCACUCGGUCACCUAUAGUACUGCGACAGCCAACAAUAUCUUGACCGACAAUGCCUCCAUUCUGACUCUCGCAUCGUCGUCAAAGAGGCGCCGCAGAAACUCUUUGGACACAAAUGCCUCUGUUCGCGCCCUGGCUCCGUCCUCCGUGUUCGGUGGCAGCCGUGAGAGUUUACCGUUGAGUGUGCUGAGUGGAAAUGUCGGAGAGUCAGCGACCUCCUCUUCAUUCAAUCCGCCGGGUGUCCUCAACCGACCUAGCUUAGUGGGUCUUGCCAGUGUUGAGCGUGCCAGCGUCUACUCGGCGUCCGGGGCCACGCCUCUCGCAGGGAGCGGUGAGCGCGGCAGCUUUCACAAGAACGCCACUGCAGGAGACGGUGCGAGUGUCAUCAGCGUGGCCCAAUCGCACAGUCGCCACGACAGCAAUGCAGCCAGCAUCACUGGGACCGGUAUGGGCAGUCCAUCGUUCGGGCCGUCAAGCAACCAACCAUUGACGGGGCGAAUCAGCCGUCGCAGCUCAGGAUGGGGAGAGAUUAACGGUGAAGAGAGCGAUGAAGAGAAGCUCGCCGAAGGGAGAGAGGAGGAGCCCGAAAUCAAAGUUGAGGGUGUGACAGACAUGAAGAGAGAGUUUUCUGGUGAGUAGGGUGGUUGAUUUGAUCGGGUAUCGAAUCAACUCUCCCACCCAGAUUAUCUUUCCAAGAAGAAAAGAAAUUUUUCCAUUCUCUUUCCUUCUUUACAACUGCAACGAAGUUACGCAAGAUGAGAUAUUCCAUGACAGAUUGAGUGAACCCUGUUC